UGACGACCCCAAACCAUGCGGUGGCGCACCAAUCAUCAACUGAAGAAUUCGAAAAACACGGAAGUUACCUCGAAAGCGCCAAAAAUCGAAAUACCAGACGUGAAAUAGUUAGCUACUUGUUUGCUCUGUAGUCAACAACACAAUAUCAGGAACAAUGACGGAGAACACUUUCCCCGUGUAUAAAGUGGACGCCAUCGUAACCUUUUUCCGCACUGAGGUCCUUACCGGGCAGGAGGCAAAACAUUUCACUAAGAACGACCUUGCCCCGAGCCCAAAGCCAGAUGCAGUACAGAGACUGUACAUGAGAAUACUGCAACUCCUGUACCGCUUCAAGCCUGAGUGUCAUUACAUGGUCCCAUUCUCUGAAAACAUCCAGCACCCCCAGCUCCAUGAGUGGCCCACUGCUGUCAUGAGUGUCUACCUGAGGAUGCGUCAGUUCCUGCGGAUGUGCUAUGUGUAUGACUUCUCACUGAACGACCUGCUGGCUCCCAAGGUGAAGAGGACGGUGACCAUCCUGAGUGGCAUCAUGAACUACCUUCACUUCAGGAAGCAGAGGCUUGAUAUGACUAUGGGACACCAGGAGAGAUUUAGAGAAGACAUGGACAAGCUUCAGGCUUACUCACGAGGAACUAAAGACGCUCAGAAGAAAAUGGACAAGCUGACUACCAUCCCCCCAGAGCAGCAGGCUGAAGCGAGGGAAUUGGACUCUGCUCUGUCUGACCUGCAGACCAACACCAUGCACCAAUACCAGGAAGUGAAUGCUAUCAAUGAGAAUAUUGCAGAGUGGAAAACGGAGAUGGCAGAGAAGUCCCAAAAAUUGACCCAGUUGAAGGUUGAUGUGGCCACUCUAAAGGAGAACAUUGGUAAGCUAAAGUCUCAGAUCGUUGAGUCUCCUGAAGAGAUGAAGAUUCAGAUGGAGAAGAUGAAGGAAAAUGUGAAGAACAUCAAGCUGGCCAUCGAGACGGCAGACGAGCGUCUGGUAGGGCUGCAGAGUAAUGUCCAGGGUGUGACUCACAGCGAGGCUGACAUCCAGCUGAUAUUUAAACUACUGCAGGACCUCCAGAGCUCCAUGAACAAGACCCAACAGCACCAGGAAGAGGCCCAGGCUCUGGUGUGUGUGUAUGAGGCACAGCAGAAGGAACUGAAGAACCAUAGUGUGGAGGAGGGCCAGCUGAAGAGAUCUUUAGGGAUGAAGAUGGACAAGGAGUCCAAACAACAUAUGCGACGACAGAAGAAGAAGGAGAUUAAGGAUCAAUACAUUGAGGAUGUACUGGGUCAGUGUGACAAUGUUCACCAGAAGAGGGAGCAGAUAGCGGACCAGAUCCAGGAGAGAGACAGAGAUUCUCAACACCUCCGCAGUCAGAUGACCAACCUGAGGGACACCUGCAGUCAGGAGACUGAGAAAGCACAGGACCUGUUUGAUCGUCUGCUGGCAGCUCUGGAUCACUUCCAUAAACGCAUACAGAACCACGUCGUCGAAGGCAACAACGACAUCGUCAAGAUGACUGCUAACUUCUGACCCAGUGUAGUUGACUUCUCCACAUCUCUGUCAUUAGUUUAGCUCUGCUAACUUCUAACCCAGUGUAGUUGACUUCUCCACAUCUCUGUCAUUAGUUUAGCUCAGCUAACUUCUAACCCAGUGUAGUUGACUUCUCCACAUCUCUGUCAUUAGUUUAGCUCUGCUAACUUCUAACCCAGUGUAGUUGACUUCUCCACAUCUCUGUCAUUAGUUUAGCUCAGCUAACUUCUAACCCAGUGUAGUUGACUUCUCCACAUCCCUGUCAUUAGUUUAGCUCUGCUAACUUCUGACCCAGUGUAGUUGACUUCUCCACAUCUGUCAUUAGUUUAGCUCAGCUAACUUCUAACCCAGUGUAGUUGACUUCUCCACAUCUCUGUCAUUAGUUUAGCUCAGCUAACUUCUGACCCAGUGUAGUUGACUUCUCCACAUCUGUCAUUAGUUUAGCUAUGCUAACUUCUAACCCAGUGUAGUUGACUCCUCUCCAUGUCUUAUUUUGGUAACAUACAAACAUGCAACUUUUAUUUGUGAAUAAAAAUAUCUAUUCUCACUCUG